UUGGGACUCAUCCCUUCUUGCUCCUGUCAAUCAGCGUUUGUGGUUAGCGAAAGGGCAGGAACGUACCUCUCGGCGUCACCUUUUGUGAUUCACCAUUCGGUGAGAAAACAGGAAACAUUGAUCGCUGCCAAACGGAAAAUCCCGCAGUGAAAUCUCACCCGCAGGGAAACGCACCGGGAAAGAGAGGAGGCAAUGAGGGCGAACCGGCAGCAAGUUAAUGCGAAGACAACAAGUGGCAGAUGGGAAAGCAUGCAUUUUCCUUUUACUUGUUGGGAAGUUAUAGGUGGCACCGAUGAUAAAGGUCAUUGGCAACUGCAAGCAGAUGUAAGCUUCAAAUGCAGAGACCUUGAUGUGGACACAAUUAUUAUUUCAUCACACUUGUUAAAUACUACACAUGGUGCAAGUAAAGAAACAAAGUUCUGUAUGAAUGAAGACCAUUUCAGCUACCAAAAAGGUAAAUGUUCUUCACAACAAAUUAUGGUCAAGGAUCUGAACAAAUGUGCUGUUGAUUCUGAGAGUACAACUGAAUCAUCAUCUGGGGAGUGUAGCCUUGCAACACCAGUGACCAAACAUACGAAUGGACUGCAAAAUAGUAAUAUUGAAAAAGCAACCUCUUCCAGCAAUCAAUGUGGAAAGCAUGUGCCGUCCGUGACAAACCAUCAGUUAACUGACAAUCAAUUGAAUGAUCCGAAGCAAGUAACAGAGUCAAGGUCAGUAAUUUCUGAGUGCCACGAUCAAUGUCACAACAAGUGCUCUAGGCAACCUUUAAAAGCUAAUGAAACUUCAACAGUAAACCAACUUCCUACAUGUAACUCGGAAGGGAAAAUACCCACCUGUUCAAAGAUCAAGAAUAAAAACAAAUGCUCAGAAAUUUGCAGUGAAGAGAAACCUCAUUGGAAGGAAGAACUAUUUCAAGUUAAAGAAAACUUGUGUAAAAGAAAUAUUGAUUCAGGAAUAUUAAGAACAGAAGAAGAUUCCACAGUAUGUAGUACUAUAGGUCAAUCAUAUGAAGAUGGCUGUCGUACAACAAGGCCAAUGGACAGGCAAAUCAACAGCAAAAGUGCUCAGGAGCUGGCUAACUUUGCAGGCUUAUCAGCGAGAUAUCUUGCAAUGUGUCCUUUGCAGAGCCCAUUUGAUAUGGCAAGAGAAGGUGUAAAUAUAUACCCUAGUGGUAGCAAAAAUAAUCACACUAGUGACAUUUUUCAAAGUUUAUCCAAAGAAAGAAUGCAAGGGAAACGUCAGAACUAUCAACUGACUAGAAUCACCCUGCUGGAAGACAAAGGUACAUCCCUGGAAACACUAGAAUGCAUCUCACAGGUGGAUCAACAGGGGUUUGGAUGUGCAAAAUCUGUGGCUACAGCAAUGCUUCUUCCAGCUUUCCGCCCAUAUCCUUCCAAACAAUCACUCCAUCGAAAUAAGGGGACAACAAAGUUACAAAAUCAAGCAAAAUGCCUGCAAGAAAAUAAUUCUUUCAAAAUGUAUCAUUGCACUCCACAUACACCAGAUGUACAGUCAGUUCAGAACAUGGCAGAAAUGACACUACCUGAAGGCCAUAUUACUGUAGCUCAAUUAUUGCAAACCAUGAGCGAGGGAAUGGAUCAAAAUCAAUAUACAAUCCAGAUACACAGCCAUUUUAAGGAAGGUCACAGAACAAAAGGAAUGAAGAGCAAAGAUCUCAAUGAAGCCUUAUUUCUGUUUUUACAGAAAACAAAGAAGAUGCAUUAA